CCAAGCGCGGGAGCAAGUAGGCAGCCGUCUACGAAACAGCGUCGGAGUAUUUAUCAAGUACGCCACAGCUCUCACGUACUGUGUGCUGACUCCGAUACAUUUUUAUAUUUUAACAACCGGUUUUAUCUUUUACAACUGAAAUUCGGACUAAAAUACAUAGACGGAGUGUUUAUAGUUUAUUUAUUUUGUGUGCUAAUUGUGAAAAUGAUUAUUUUUAUUACGCUGUUUGCAGUACUUAGCUGUAUAUUGUAAAUAUAGCUGUACUCAAACAGAUUCGGAAGCAGCGUGUUGUGUGAAGGAUGGAGGAUACAAAAACUAAGAGUGUUGAAGAGGACCGAACCUGUAGCUGGAAGCAGUAUGCUCUACCACUUAUACUUAGUCUACCAUUCAUUAAUCACGGAGUCGAGGCCAACACCCUGACAAUAUCCUCUCACUCAGGACACUUCACCUCUUACUAUGACGUUCCACUCAGCACCACGCUUUUGGUCCUCGGAGCCGCCAUCAGCGCCCCAAUACACUCCUGGAGUCUCGACCGGCUCGGAAGAAAGUUUGGUAUUUAUACCAUUAUUAUGUUGCAAGGGAUUUGCUGUAUUCCUCUACUCUUGACACCAAACGAAGUCGCUUUCAUCAUCCUUCACUUCCUAGCCGGAAUUACACAAGCUGGAUUAUUCAUCAUCAUACCAGUAUAUGUGAAGGAAAUAUCACCAAAGCAAUCGCGGGGUUCAAUGGUAUCACUGAUGAUGAUGUUGAUACCACUCGGUUACUUGUCGAGGCUGGUGUUGAAUAAAGAAGAGAUGAUGUACACAAUGACAGCGCUGGUAUUGAUGGAGUUAGUAUCAGUAUUUCUGGUGAUUGAAUCACCGAGUUAUUUGGUAAAGGCUGGUAAGCUAGAGAAAGCUAAAAUAAACAUUGCGAAAUUGAAGUGUCUCACUGAAGAAGACAGCAGUGUGUUGAAUGAACUGAACAGACUGAGAGAUGAAAGUGAACGAGCUAAAUCAAAUGGAAAUUUAACGAUCUUGAGAAUAUUGAAAAAUAAAAUAUGGCUCGACUCAAUGAAAAUAGGUUUCGUCCUGUACUCUGUUACCAUACUUUGUGGCUCAGUCAUAUUCUUGGACCAGAACAAGACACUCAUCCAACUUAAAACACAGACUGAUCCAAAAAAUAUUCUGAUACCACUUUCAAUGUUUACUGGUGGUACCACCACUGUGGUACUUAUCAAAUUUUUUGAGAGAAAAUAUCUGCUAACUUUCGGCUACGCACUAAUGGUUCUCUCGAUGGGAGUGUUGGCUGUAUUCACGCAAGCUGAUCUAACCGUGACGUCAACAAGAUGGCUGCCGGUGACGUCAUUGGGCAUAUUGGUCUUCGCCUACGGAAUGGUGUGGGCUCUACCGAUAGUAAUUAUGGUUGAAAUGCUAAACUUUGAGGUCGCUGCAACGCUUCUAGGAUUCACCUACACAUACUCAGAAAUACUCCGCUUGGUUCAUAUUCAUACCAUCAAAUAUUUCGAGGACCUGAUGGGCGUACAUGCACUGUUUUACACAUUUGCUGGUAUCAACUUGUUGGCUGCGGUGUAUUGUGUCAUGGCUGUUCCUGACAUCAAAGAUAAGUCUACAAAACAAAUUGAACAACAGCUGAAAAGGAUACCUAUAUUGAAAAUGUAAAAUAAAGCCGUAUUAACGACACUUUUAGUUUUGCUCUUAAAUUUAUAACUGAUUAGAUUAUUUAAGUCAUAUAUUUUAUCAUUUACA